AUGCAGAUCAAGGCCGGGGAGGAGGAGGAGGUCAAGCUGGCCGUUUCUUUGCUCCCGAAGGAUGGUUGCCCGGGCUAUCUCUGGAUCCGGAUAUUUGGGCUGGGAGAGGCCCAGUUGAGAACACUGUUAUUCGUUCCCACCACUUUCCAUAGAAAAAACAUCACAAAACAAUCAGCUGAUAUGAAAAUGGAAGGCCAAGGUACCACAAUAGGGGAAGCACCAGAGGAGAUAGCAAAAGCCCCCCAUGUCCUCCAGGCUGGCAGUAUUGGGGCAUUCCUCCAAAGGAGACCAGGAGAACUAGUUAAAGAGGAUCCAGGUGAAAGUUCACUUCAACAAUGGGAAACCCAGUGGCAGGAGUUCCUUAGGACAAUAGAGUUCCCUAAGUCACAUUCAACAAUUCCACUAUGGCCGAAGAAACCUGCACCCUGGGAGGACGCCAAGGCCUUUCUGGCAUCCUUUGAGCAAGUGGCUGAAGCCUGUUGGUGGCCAAAGGAAGAAUGGGUGAUCCGACUCCUGCCAGCCCUCAGUGGAGAAGCUGAGAAGGCCUUCAAGAAUCUGGAUGUCAGAGACAGAGAGGAUUAUGGGAAGGUGAAGGCAGCCAUCUUGCGAGGGGAUGCCCUGAGCCGGGAGAAGCAGCGCCAACAGUUCCGGUGUUUCUGCUACCAGGAGGCUGAGGGGCCACGGGGGGCUUACAGCCGACUUCGGGAAAUGUGCCAUGGGUGGCUGAGAGAGGAGAAUCACAGCAAGGAGCAGAUCCUGGAGCUCUUGAUCCUGGAACAGCUUCUUAGUGUCCUGCCCCCGGAGAUCCAGAGCCGGGUGAGGGAGAGCGGCCCCGAGAGCUGCUCCCAGGCAGUGGCCCUGGCUGAGGAGUUCCUCUUGAAGCAGGAGAAACAGGAACGCCUUCUGGAAUGCCGGCUCAGCCUUUGCCGGCAUUUGGACACCACCAAAAGGGUGCCCUUGGAGGAGGCAGCUGGAAGGGUCUCUGAGGAAGGCCAGGCUCCGUCUGAGAGUGAACAGAGGCAGCUUUUGAUGGAUAUCAAGGAAGAGGAUGGAGAAGCCAGCCUGAUAGAAAAUGACCAGCUCUUGAUCAAAACCAGCACCUUAAAGUAUGAUGAGAAAUGA